AUGCUAGGAAUUGCUUCAUCUUGUACACAGUUGUUCGUUGAGUAACUGAGAAUGACCUCUCAGUUCAGCAAUUGGAAGAACUCAAUCAAUGCCAUGGACUCUCAAAGCCAAAAUACCUCUCUCCAGAAGCUUCAUAUUGUGGAGAAGAGAAUUAUUAGGGUAUUGGAGAUUGCUGGAGCUGUAAUGGAUGAACUAUCUAACUCAACUGGUCCAAGGAUGGAAAUGCUUAACACUCAUUGUCGUGAGUUCAUGCAGUUCAUCAAGGACAUCCAGAUGACUCUACGGGAGGAAAUCAGAAGUGCGUGCGAGUACCGUCCAUUUGAAAAGUGUGAUUACAGUUCAAGAAUCUCUAAUGAGAUCUGUUGCAAGAAGCUGGAAUACAUUAUUGAACAGUUGGACAGCAUGAAACAAUGUAUAUCUCAAUAUCACGAUGCAGAUACAAACAAUGGUAUUCAAGCUGUAGGAAACUAAUAGAAUCCCUUCUCUCUCUUUU